ACACCACAUUAAACAGUUCCAGAAUGCAAAAGCAUGUGUAAUUGCAGCUGAAAUGAUCAUCUGUAGCAAGUGUAACCUCACACUAAGACGUUGCAGUUCCUAGGGGAAUUCAAUGGAGCAGUGCGAUACAGAACCCGCAUGUUGGCUUGCGGGCUACAGCCGCUUGUAUCCAGGAAACGGGCCCGCUCCGGGAUUCCAGGAGUGAGCCGACCCUGCAGCGGCCUCAGCCCGGGGAGGUGCGGCCUGGCAUUGCGAUGCAGCUGGCGACUAAAAGGGUUCGAGGGGCAGCCGCCAUCGUAGUACGAUGUGGCGAACAGGAGUGCGCUACCAGGUCAUCGGGGGAAAGAAGCAUAAAAUGCAGCACUGCACUUUGAAUAUGGAAACAGAGGCUCCUGAUGGCUCUAUUACUGGUAGUGGUAGUGAUGACUUCUGUCCCAAGAUGGACCAUUCAAGGAUGAUGAACCCCACCACAAGCACACCCAAUGGCCAAUACAGCUCCCUGAGUCACAUGACAAACGCAAACUCCAUCAAGAUAGAGAUGCACAGUGAUGAAGAUGAUGGAAAAGUUCUUAAACAGGUGGACAAGGCUAGAAGCAAAGAGGAAAUGAGCACCAUGGAGGAAUCUGUGGUGGAAAGCAACGGAAUGACUGAAAGCAACCAAGGGCAGGAGUUACAAGCCGAUGGAGGAAUACGACUUCCGAAUGGUGAACGUCCCUUCCAUUGCAACCAAUGUGGAGCUUCAUUUACCCAAAAAGGAAACCUACUGAGGCAUGUUAAGCUGCAUACAGGAGAAAAGCCUUUCAAAUGUCCAUUCUGCAGCUAUGCCUGCAGACGACGAGAUGCACUAACAGGUCAUCUCAGGACACAUUCUGUAGGCAAACCUCACAAGUGCAACUUUUGUGGUAGAAGCUACAAACAGCGCAGUUCGCUGGAGGAGCAUAAAGAACGCUGCCACAAUUACCUGCAGAACACCAGCAUGGAGGCUGCACAGCCCAUGAAUCACCAGGAUGAUUACAAAGAGCAAGAUCCAGUGGCAGACCACAUUCCUCUGAUGCAGUUUGAGAGACCGGCAGUCAUAGAGAGGCUGGCAAGCAAUGUGGGAAAACGCAAAAGCUCCACACCUCAAAAGUUUGUUGGUGAAAAGUUCAUGCGUUUGAAUUAUCCAGACAUCAAUUUUAAUAUGAGCUUGAACUAUGAGAAAGAGGCAGAGUUCAUGCAUUCACACAUGAUGGAUCAAGCUAUCAAUAAUGCAAUUACAUACCUUGGGGCUGAGUCCCUCAGACCUCUAAUGCAGCAUCAACCCAGCUCAAUGGCAGAAGCGGUUCCAGUUAUGAAUUCAGUCUAUUCUCAGGUAUACCAUCCAACAAGGCUUGAAAGGCCAAGCAGCAGGGAAAUAGCAGAAAGCCACGAAAAUAUAGUGGAUGGCCCAAUCUCUCUUAUUAGAGCAAAAAAUCCAACAACGGAAAGAGGAAUGUCUCCUAGUAACAGUUGUCUAGAUUCUACUGAUACAGAAAGCAGCCAUGAUGAUCGAAGUGCUCAACAAUACCCCGGAGUCCCAGCCUUAACUCCUCUGAGCAAACAAAGUCCAGCCUACACAAAAGAGGAAACGAAGGCUCUGGAAGCCACAAAAGUUUUGUCUCAUACUUCUAAAGAGAUAUACAGGGUUUUCAGUGAAGAGGGUGAGCAGAUUAGGGCUUUCAAGUGUGAGCACUGUCGUGUGCUGUUUCUAGACCAUGUCAUGUAUACCAUUCACAUGGGCUGCCAUGGUUUCAGAGACCCAUUUGAGUGCAACAUCUGUGGCUACAGAAGCCAGGAUCGCUACGAAUUCUCAUCGCACAUUGUUCGUGGAGAACACACAUUCCACUAGGCCUUGAGCUGUAGGACAGUGAUGAAGAACUGAUUUAUGAAGUCCCACAUUGACAUAACAGAAAGGCAGAAGUGGCGUGGUGACAGACGAUUUGCCUUUUUUUUUACUAUCCAUGGACCAAGGAUAUACUGUAGUGAGUAUAUUCCACUCAUUUACAGUAAUAUGGUUUUUCAUUUAUAUAUGACAUUGUGGGAAUUAAAAUUAGCCCUUAGUUUAUGAAAAAUGAGUUGUCAGUCAUGUCAUCUUCAAAACGUUGUAUCAUUCAUCUCGGUCUUUGCGUAGGUGCAACUGUGGCAAACUAGUGAUUGACUCAUCUAUAGAAUUUCAGUGAUGAAAUAAAAAAUGAUGGAGGGUCAAGGGUGAACUAUGUCUUCAACAGUACUGCACUUCCUUAAUUGCUAAAUGGAGUAAGGAUAGAAGAUUAAUACUUUCUCGCCUUCCAGAAUUAAUAUUGUUGGCCAUUUCAAAAACUCAAAUCAAUGAAGGGCAACAGAAGAGAAGCAAGCUCUUGUGAUUUUUUUCAUAUGUCUUGCAAUGAUGACCAACUUAAUUGAAAAGGAACAACAUAAAUUUGGAUAGAAAAAGAAUUGUAGCAUAAAGUAUAUUUAUUCACCGGCUCAAUGUUAAUCCUGUGAUAUUCCUCCCUAUUUUUGAUGAUUACCAUCUUAAAUGUAUCUGCAUUGUACAAGCAAGAGAUGAAUGAUAUAGUGCUAGUCAGAUGUCAAGUCUGACAACCUGUUUUGUGGCACUUGCUCCUUGAAUAAAGAUUACCUCUCACAGUUAGACUGCUUGUUGAAGGGGGAACAAAAUUAGGACCCAAACUAUGCACUUACUGGAAAUUUUCAUAAAGUACUGAAGACUGUUGUUAAUUUCUGAACAUAUAGCAACAAGGGAAGGAUGUAUUAAAACUCUGAAACUGUGAUCAUAUAACUGAUUGUGAAGCACUGUCAGUUCUUAACCAGACUCACUUCCUGUUUCAUGUAGCAUUUUCUAAUCUGGGACAAGUGUCCCUGUCCUAAAUCCUCGGGCUUUUUUGUUGCUGAAGCAUUAGGUAUAAGCUGUUUACAUAUUUUUGUACUAAAGUGUAGUUUUAUACAUGAAAAUGCUUGAAAAAUAAAAGGUACAUUAGCUUUGUAGUGCAUUUGCUACUGGAAUCGGAUAACUGGAACCUCCUCCUUGGUUUGUUUAAUGGUGGCAACAUAUGCUGGGUUUUUUAAACGUAAAACUCUGGAUGUACAUUUUCCUUAUAACAUACCUUUGUAAGAAGACUGAAACUGUAAACUUUUAUGCAAUUAUUUAGGAAGUUUCAGCAUCAACAAUAAUAGUAUGUUUUAAAUCUUUUAAAAUGUUUUAAUUAAAAAUUUAAAAUAAAACUAUUCUGAUGUCAAGCACUGGCAGGAGCUGUUUGUAGCCCAAGUUUAAUUCUAAAGAUUUUCCCUCUCAAUUUCUUGUCACUCAGUGGUGUAAGGAUCACAAGAGUCCACAACAGACUCUCCAAACUUGAACCGGUUAUACUAUACAAAUGAAUGCAGUUUGCAAGUGCAAUACUUUUUUUUUCUUGAACUGUAUAAUGUAUUUUCUCAGUUUAGGAAAUAGUUUAUGUAAAAUGUUUUUGAAAUCCAUUAACUGAUUCUUAAGACUGUAUUGAAAACCCCUGUUACUGUGACCUAAAUAACAUGGCUUGUUUAAAAAAAACAAAAGAACUUGCAGAAUCGUUGUUAAUAUUUUUUUAGGGAAAACUACUGUAAGGUUUGUACUGUCUGAGUGCGCAAAUACUGAAAUAAAUUUAGGGAAC